AUGCUGGUGCCGCCGGUCACGGAGCUGCUGGGCCUCCGGGUCCUACUGGAGCUGGAGCUGCUGGAGGUGUUGGUGCUGAGACUACAGCUGUCUGUCCUGGCGGUGGUUCUGCUACUGGUGCUGCUGGAGGUCCUGCCGCUGAGGGUGUUGGUGCUGUCCCUGCUGAGCCUGGAGCUGCCGCGCGGCCUCGGCCGUACUUCGUUCCGCUCCUGCAGCAGGUUCUUGUCGGACUCCCUUCGUGCUGCCAGUCCUACUGUCACGCGUCUGCUUGCUACUGUCAUCACUGACCCCUCUUUUCAGUCCAUUGCUGCGUCUGCUCUUGUCGCUGAGCUCGUCGACUUUGCUGCUCGCUGUCGUCUAGACUACGCUCCCAGUCUUGUUGCUGAGUCUGCGUCUGUCUGUCCUCCGUCCGUCGGGGGUGAGUGUGCUCUUGGCACGGACGUCCUAGAGGACAGGCAGGAGGAGUUACAGUGUCUGGCUGCUGCUUCACCUCAUCUCGCGUCUGUACUGCUUGCUCCUGAGGGAGACCCGGAUGCACUAGACAUCCCGAUUCCGCGCUCUUACGCGGAGGCCGUAGAGGGUCCCUACUCCUCUCAGUGGCAGGCAGCUAUGGAUGCAGAGAUGGCUUCCUGGAAGUCCACAGGCUCCUACGUUGACGCGGUUCCCCCUCCUGGGGCGAACAUCGUCAGUGGCAUGUGGAUCUUCAGGGUGAAGCGGCCACAGGGCUCUCCACCUGCCUUCAAGGCGCGGUACGUUGCUCGUGGCUUCAGUCAGCGGCAGGGAGUUGACUACUUUCAGACCUUCUCUCCCACCCCGAAGAUGACCACUCUUCGGGUGCUGCUGCACAUAGCCGCUCAGCGCGACUACGAACUUCACUCUCUCGACUUCAGCACAGCUUUCUUGCAAGGCAGUGUGCACGAGGAGAUCUGGCUGCGCUGUCCACCUGGCUUCACUGGGACUUUCCCUCCGGGCACCCAGUGGAGCCUCCGACGGCCAGUCUACGGUCUCCGCCAGGCACCGCGUGAGUGGCACGACACACUGAGGACUACGCUUGCGGCUCUUGGGUUUGCUCCUUCUACUGCUGACACGUCGCUGUUUCUGCGCACCGACACUUUACUGCCGCCGUUCUACAUCCUCCUGUACGUCGACGACUUGGUCUUUGCCACAACGGACACUGCUGGACUCGCCUACGUGAAGUCAGAGCUGCUGAAGAGACACACAUGCACAGACCUGGGUGAACUGCGCAGCUACCUUGGCUUGCACAUCACUCGGGACAGAGCACGCCGCACCAUCACCUUGACUCAGUCACACAUGGUGCAGCAGGUCCUUCAGCGCUUCGGCUUCACGUACUCCUCGCCUGAGGCCACUCCUCUGUCUACCCGCCACUCGCUCUCAGCUCUGCCUUCGGAUGAGUCCGUAGAGUCGAGUGGCCCGUACCCAGAGCUUGUUGGCUGCCUCAUGUACCUGAUGACCUGCACACGACCUGACCUUGCAUACCCUCUGAGCAUUCUUGCACGCUAUGUUGCUCCUGGGAGACACCGACCAAAGCACAUGGCUGCAGCGAAGAGGGUAUUGCGCUACCUGUGCAGUACGUCGGGCAUGGGGCUAGUGCUUGGAGGGCGGAGUCCAGUGGUCCUUACAGGUCACGCGGACGCUUCUUGGGCAAACGACCAGGCUACGCAGCGGUCGUCACAGGGUUACACCUUCAGUCUUGGUUCCGGCUCUGUCUCGUGGCGGGCUACUCGUUCGUCUUCGGUUCUCAGCUCCAGUUGUGAGGUUGAGAUCUACGCAGGGGCCAUGGCUGCAAAGGAGCUUCGCUGGCUCACCUACCUGCUGACUGACCUUGGAGAGCCGCCUCGUUCUCCUCCAGUGCUGUACGUAGACAACAAAGCCAUGCUGGCCUUGUGUCGAGAGCAGCGUCUGGAGCACAGAACGAAGCACAUUGCUCUUCGCUACUUCCUUGCUCGUGAGCUACAGCAGCGUGGACAGUUGCGGCUUGCGUACGUGGCCUCUGAGGCCAACACUGCUGAUGUGUUCACCAAGGCACUUGCGCCUUGUGAACAUCAGCGCUUCUGCACCCAGCUGGGUCUUGUGUCUGUCUUGCCUCACUUGCUCUCCUCUUGA